AUGCUUGAUCCAUUUUUUGCGCCGAUACCUAUCCUCGUGGAGGCAGUCACACCCCUCUGCAAGUACCUCUCCCUCGAGAGCCUACCGCUUCAUAUCCACGAGAUCCUCUUCGCAUUCGGCUUUUACCAUAUCAUCUUCGAAUAUCUUGCCCCCUCACUAUCCAGCUUCUUCCUUCCAAAGCAGUAUAAGCAGCUCUUGUAUGAAAGCAGGCUACGAUGGAACAUGCAUUGUGCGUCCAUGGUGCAGUGCUGUAAUAUUACAGCGCUUGCAUUGUGGACUAUUUACUCAGACAAUGAGAGGAGGAACAUGAAUCUCGAGGAGAGGAUGUGGGGUUAUACAGGGGCUGCAGCAUUGGUGCAGGCUCUCGCAACGGGCUACUUUCUCUUCGACCUGGUCGUAAUGGUGCGCUAUCUUGAUGUCUUCGGACUCAGUAUGCUUGCACACGCUUCAAGCUGUUUAGUCACGUACACCCUGGGAUUUCGACCAAUAUUCAACUAUUACGGUUGCGUCUUCAUGCUUUAUGAACUCAGCACAAUUUUUCUGAAUUUUCACUGGUUCUUCGACAAGAUGGGAAUGACAGGAAGCAAACCUCAACUCUACAACGGCAUUACUCUAAUAGUGGUGUUCUUCUGUUGUCGACUGCUAUGGGGUGCGUAUUCGUCUUUCAAUAUCUAUCGAGAUGUGUGGAACGCACUGUAUUUUGAUCGGACUUUGAAAGUCGGAGGCAACGAGGAAAUGAUGCGAUUUGCCGGCGACAGGACUCUGCCGACGUGGCUCGUGGUGAUGUACAUGAGCGGACACGUCAUUUUGCAAGCCCUAAACGUCUUCUGGUUCGGCAAGAUGAUCGCUGCAGUCAAGAAGAGGUUUGUUAAGGCUCCUAAGCAAAAUGGAAUCAAGAAGAACCUAUGA